GCUGAGAGAGAGAGAGGGAGAGAGAAAUUGGUCCAGCAUCUCCGGAGCGGCGGAGCGGAGCGGAUACAGAGACGCGCAGUCCUCAUCAGCAAAAUGAGGAGGAAUUAACGCGCCGACUGUCUCCCGUGUGUUUCCCACCGCGAUGCACGCCGUGGAUGUUUAAAGCCUCCUCGCCUGCUGUAGACCAGCGCGGACAUCUGACUUUAUCCCAUCAAUGAGAUAUGUGGAGUGGCUCUACCGCUCGGUGGUAACGCAGAAAAACACAAGAUGAAGAAGCAGUUCAACCGAAUGAGACAGCUCGCCAACCAAACAGUGGGCAGGGCUGAAAAAACAGAAGUGCUGAGUGAAGAUCUGCUGCAGGUGGAGAAACGUCUGGAGCUGGUGAAGCAGGUUUCCCACAGCACACACAAGAAGCUCACUGCCUGUCUGCAGGGCCAGCAGGGCGUGGACGUGGACAAGAAGUCUGUCAGGUCGCCCUCGAAAAAGCUUCCGCUUGCAACGCUAGCACAAUGUAUGGUGGAGGGGGCAGCUGUGCUUGGGGACGAGUCUCUGCUAGGAAAGAUGCUGAAGCUCUGCGGCGACACGCAGGAAAAGCUCGCUCAGGAGCUCAUCUUGUUCGAGCUCACCAUCGAGAGGGACGUGACCGAACCCUUGUACGAGCUCGCAGAGGUGGAAAUCCCAAAUAUCCAGAAACAAAGGAAACAUUUAGCGAAGCUGGUCCUGGACAUGGAUUCUGCACGCACACGGUACUCUCAGUCUACCAAGUCUUCGGGACUGUCCAGCAACCUGCAGCCAACAGGAGCCAAGGCCGACCACCUCAGGGAAGAGAUGGAGGAGGCAGCCAACCGCAUGGAGAUCUGUCGAGAUCAGUUAUCAGCAGACAUGUACAGUUUUGUGGCCAAAGAAAUUGACUAUGCAAGCUACUUCCAGACACUGAUAGAAGUCCAGGCAGAGUACCACAGGAAGUCAUUAGAGCUGCUUCAGAGUGUUCUGCCUCAGAUCAAAGCUCAUCAGGAGACCUGGGUGGAGAAACCGUGUUACGGGAAGCCAUUAGAGGAGCACUUAGCGCUCAGCGGGAGAGAUAUUGCCUUUCCCAUCGAGGCCUGUGUGACCAUGCUGCUGGAGUGUGGCAUGCAGGAGGAGGGUUUGUUCAGAAUCGCUCCCUCGGCCUCCAAACUCAAAAAGCUGAAGGCGUCUCUGGACUGCGGGGUUUUAGACGUUCAAGAAUACUCCGCAGACCCACACGCCAUCGCAGGUGCUUUGAAGUCCUACCUGCGCGAGCUCCCUGAACCAUUAAUGACCUUUGAACUCUACAAUGACUGGAUCCAAGCCUCAAACAUUCAAGAUGAAGACAAGCGCCUGCAGGCUCUGUUCAAUGCGUGUGAGAAACUCCCUUCAGCCAACAACACCAACUUUAAGUAUUUAAUCAAAUUCCUCUCCAAACUGACUGACUAUCAGGAUGUGAACAAGAUGACACCUGGAAACAUUGCUAUUGUCCUCGGACCCAACCUGCUGUGGACUCAGAAUGAGGGGAACAUUACGGAGAUGAUGACGACAGUUUCCCUACAGAUCGUCGGCAUCAUCGAGCCCAUCAUCCAGCACGCCGACUGGUUCUUCCCAGGAGAGAUCGAGUUCAAUGUCACAGGAAACUACGGCAGCCCCGUCCACACCAACCACAACGCCAACUACAGCUCGAUGCCGUCUCCAGAUAUGGAUCAGAUGGAUCGCAAGCAGAACGACCAGAGCCGACGGCCGCUCAGCGUUGCCACAGACAACAUGAUGCUGGAGUUUUAUAAGAAGGACGGCAUUAGGAAGAUACAAAGCAUGGGUGUCAGGGUGAUGGACACUUCUUGGGUGUCGCGCAGGGGAUCGUCGUCUACGCGUAAAUCCUUGUCCACGCCACCGAGCGUGCACCCCCCCACCCCACCCAUUGACGCGCUCAUCCCCGAGCAGCCUGGGGAAUUCUCAGCCUCCCCCUCCCCCACCCCUCCUCCCACUAGCAGCGACCGAGCCAGUUCAGACGAUGCAUCCUCCAAUUGGUCGGACUCCUGUUACGCCUACCCCUCCCCAGAGGAGGAGAGGCCGCCUCCCCCUUACCCCUCUUCCUCUUCUUCCUCCUCUUCCUCCUCCUCUUGCUCUUCCUACUCGCUCCCUCACCACCAUUUCCGCACCCGAACACCUCCGGGUAUGCGUCCCGUUGCCCCCAGCGCCGAAUCCGUGCCCCCUGGCCCGUCCCCUCCACCCCGCCACACUGGGUACAGCCCGCCCCCGCUCCCUCACUCCCUAUGCCCGUCCCCUCAGCAGCUUGACGUCAACUCCAACCCCAAACCUAACUCCCUGCACCUGCCCAAACAGGCCUCCCCGUCUAACGCUCCGCAUGCGCCCCCGUCCGAAACGAAUGGCUCAACCCUUUACAUCAAACCCCCGCUCGUUCUCACUCGUCACGAUCUCUUCCUUGGCUCCCCGAAAACCCCCAGCACCCCUCUCUCUGCUCCGCCUCCAUGGGCAGCCUGUGCCUGUAGCCGGGAGAGAGGAGCCAAGCUGACGAGUACUCUGAAGAACAAGGAGCUGUCUCCAGUGAUUGGACAGAAGGGACUCCAGGGAGCAGUGACCUCUAGUGGACAGUCACAGCUCUCUGACCACAGUCCGCACACCUUGAGGAGAGCAAAGAAGCUGGCUCCGAUCCCGCCUAAAGGCCCUUACUGCCCAACGGGAGCCAUGUCCGACCAGUCCACAGGUCAGCCGUCUCCAGUCAGCCUGUCCCCCACUCCUCCCAGCACCCCCUCCCCAUAUGGCUUCAGCUACCCGCAGGGAUACGCCACCAUCGGCUCCCCGGGUCAGGUGCAGACGGUCACCACCCCGUCUCUGUCUUCUCCGCCCUCAUUGGCUGGGACUCUCACCAAAGCCAGACCGACCCCCAAGCCGCCCCGGCAGAGACCCAGCCUGCCUCCUCCUCAGCCUCCAUCCACACCUGGCACUAGUCCCCAGUCUCUGGAGCACUCGUCAGGGCUCCUGGACGGUCUUUCUCCUGGGGAAAGCAUGUCCACUGAUUCCCUCUGCAACUUGGACAUCCCCGUCAUUAACAUGGAACUGGACAGUAUUUUUGACUUGACCCACAUCUCCCCCUUCAGGAACUCAGUGGCACAGCUGGAAUCGGCCAACAGCAAAGAGGACUCUGAGGAAGAGUCUGAGAGCACAGUGCUAUGACGCCACCGAGUUCCCCCACCCUCUCCGUCAAGCUACUGCUGCGCCGUCUCGAUCAUUCAUUGACCUUUCACCUCUCCAGCUGCAUUAACUUCGGCCUCAGUGGCCACCUCUGGACCUCCUCAUCACGCCUCACCUGUGCUCAAUCCAGAGGGGCCAGCGUGUACAAAAGAAAAAAGCACUUCUAUACAGUAAAAUAAAAAAAUCUGGUGAACACACAUACACACGGUUUUGGCGACAGUGUUGUCAGGGGAAGAUUUGACAUUUUGCAUUGGCUGGAUGUUUGUUUUUUUUAAUUUAACUUAAUGUUUUCUUUUUCUUUUUGCCUUAUUUGAUUCACUUGCAAUAUUGCCUUUAACCUCACUCACACGAGACUGGAAACAGGCUGCUGGGAGGAUGAGUGCUCUUUGCUGCUGCUGCUUUUCAUGAGUGAAUUUCAGAACAAACUAACACAGUGCUGUACAUCUGUCCUGUUAACUUCCUUCUGUCACCAUUCAUCUCCUCUUGGCUUGAAACGCCUCUGGCCCCGAAUUUCAGUCCCACUUGAGCGUUCACUGUGAGUGUGCCAGUGUGUCGUUUUGGAAAGCGCGCGUGUGUUUUGCUAGUGUGUGUGACGUGUUAAGUGAAGUGGUAAUUGUAUUAUAUGAUAUUGCACUGUCGGUGUCGUGGAGCAAAAACAGGAAUGAAUGUUUUAGAUGUUUAGAAGUUAACUAAGCAGGUUGGGAAGCGGUUAAACGCCCAAUCACUCCUUUCUCUUUAUAACAAGGCAUUCAGUCAGGAUAUCAGUCACUGGAUAUUUAUUGUUUAUACUGUACAUUUUCAGAGUGUAUGAUACGAUUAACAAUCUAACUCAGAUCAUAUUUUGUAUCCACGGGAGAGCUAUAUAGUUGAUGCUGUCAGGGAGCUAUAAAGUAUAUGAGAUACAUGCUGUAGUUAUGAAACGUCCAGCAGUAUGAAAAAUGAAAAACUCAAUUGUGUUUACUCAGAAAUAUUUUUUGGCAGGACGCAAAGCCGCAUGAGAUCUUUCAUUUCUCUUUGUCGAGUUAGGCGUCAUUUCAGUUUCAAGGAUGUACAAGUUUGUAACUAUGAAGCCUGGAGUGCAUAACCACAUCGUUUAUUUUUUUUAAAUUAAAUAAAUUUCAUCUACAGAGCAGCAGCGGAGGCUGUGAAUGGCCAGCUCUGUGGGUGGGGUGCCCUGUGGGGUUUUCUUAUGUGUUUCCUAUGUCACGAGACAUUAGGCAGAAACCUAUUAAAUAUUAAACAUUUUGCAUCGCUUUGCUGUUCCCACUAACCGUUGGUCAGAGCAUUAGCUUGAUAGUGAUACGAUGCUUGUCCUCAAACACUCUAUGCUAAAUAAUUUGGCAAACCUAAUUAUUUUAUAUUGUAUCACUUUUGGACCUGCUAUCCACCCAUCCAUUAUUUUUCUGCUGCCUACUUGGGUUCAGGCCAUGGUAGGCAGAGAUGCCCAGACCUCCCACUUUCCAGGUGUUCUGGUGGGAAACCGAGGAAUUCUGAAGCCACCCGAGAGCUCAAAUCUGAAAAGCGUCUCCAAGGUCGCCUCCCAGUAAGACAUGCCCACAACACUUCACUUAGUAGGCAUCAUAAUCAAACCACCUGAGCUGGCGGGUCUACUCUGAACUCCUCCUAAAUGGAUAACCUCCUCAUCCUGACUCUGUAGAUUAAGGUCCCAGUCGCACAGGCCUAAAGACCUGUCAGUGAUCCCAUGGUACCCACCGGUCACUAAGGAAAAUUUGUAUUCCCCAACUGGUUGCCAGAUGGUUGCUAGAAAUUGUUGGCAGUCUCUAUGUGAAAUUGGUCAGAAAGAGGUAUACGGUAAUGCACCAAAGACCCCCUUGUGAUUGCUUUGGAUGUUUGCAGAUUGCCACAGUUGCUGAGCAGUAAUGAAACUGUGGAAAGUGGGAUGCAAAGUGGAAAUGGAGAUCAUUCGCCUGCAACGGUUGAAGUAAAAAAUUUAAUGUUUUGAAAGGAGUUGGUUGCAGUUGUAAGGGAUGACUUUUACUUUGAUGGUGAAUGGUCUCCGUUUCCUUUUCACGCAGGAAGUAGCAUGUGCUUCACUGCGCUUUUUUUCUAUUGCUCUUGGUGCAGCACCAUAUUUGAGAUCAAUUUCACCCGGCGACAGUCACUCGCCUCCAAUGAUUCGGCUAAUACAACUUUUUCCUUAGCGACCAGCGGUUGCUAGGCAUUCAUAUCUAGGCCUGUGUGAUUACCUUACACCCUUAGCAAGCAAUAUCAUUCACUUCAGCUGUUUUUCUUGAUAUUUUUAGCUAUUUUUAGCUCAGUUUUUGGUCUCCACCACUUCAUGAGAGAGACAUAUCUGGCUCUUUAGGUGCCAAACACUCCAUUAAAUGCAUCGACCAGCUGCUAACUUUGUGUGUUUGCUGUUAGCUUAGCAGAUGUUGUUUGAAACAACACUGAUGAAACCAGUAAGACUGACACAGAAUGCAAACAACAGGUGGAAAUAUGCUAAAAAACAAAGAUUUGAGAGAUUAUAGAAUGUGCAGUGCCACACUCCAGGAUUCAUAUAGUGCAAACUUGUAUUGACAUAUUGAACCAUUCUUGGGAAAGCAUUCUCAGAGCAACAGCCCUGACACAUUUUAACAUCCUAUCAUAUCGUAGCAAAGCCAGAAAACAGUCUACAGACACUCUCAGAAAAAAGGUGCUUGGUCUCUUAUAAAUAAGCACAGUUUUUCUGUCAUUUUCAGCCACAUUCACAUUACAGUUUAUAUGAACCCUGCCUGAUGAUGCUGAUAUUUUUGGUCUAUCUUAGUGAAACAGAGGCAAGUGCAAAGAUAUGUGUGUAUAUGUGUUUAUUUUGAUGAGAGUAUUUAUACAGAGAUAUUUCUGAAUACUUUUUACUAGGUAUGAGGAGCUGUGGUCGUUUCCGCUGCACAUGAAUCUGAGGAAUUUCUUUUUAAAGUAUUCAAACGUGGGACCAGAAUUGCUCUGCUGCCGCAUCAAAACCUUUUCAGGAAUCGCAGGUUCAGUUUAAGAGGAAACUUGAAAAUCAGUUAAACUGGAGUAACAAGGUUUGUGUACGACAGCAGUAGUUUGCUAUUUGCCUUGCGGUGGGUUUUUGUUGUGACCUAUCCAGAUUUAUAUGACUUUCCUUUUGUCCUGAGAACAUCCACUACACAUGGCCUCAAAGUCACUGUGCUGCUCUACCUGUGUCUUUCUUUAAAGCGCGAUAUCACUCACAGGACUUGUAAAUACCGAAGCCUCUAUACAGUUUGUUCUGUAUAUACUGAAGGGAGAAAUUCAUAUAUAUAUAAAUACAUAGAUAUAUACAAAUACUGUAUUGAAAAGGAUAAAUGAUGACGAACAUCCAUACUGUAUAAUAUUAUAAUGUUGCUGGAACUAGCACAGCAAUGCUACAUUCACACCAAGUAACAUGAAGUAAACUUCGCACAGAAGCCUAACAUGGUACAGCAGACUGAAAGGUCAAAUCUAGUGCUUGUUUUGCAGUUUCUGACCUCAGAAUGAACCUCUUGAACUUUUAGACUUGAUUUUAGACAAGAAAAAAACAGCAACACAUCACUGCAGCUACGUGAAAAUUCAAGACGGCUCGUGCAGCUUUGAGCACAUUUCCUGACAUAUUUGAGAUUCAUGGAAAUGUGAUUGUGCGUUCUUUAGAAAUAAAAAUAAGUGUCUGUGGGUUGCUGCCGUUGCAGUGACGCAUCGAUCACAGUUUGAAAGGUUUAAACAGACUCUGCAUGAAAACUGCUGCAUUACUGUCUUUUAGACAGCAGAACCAGACAGCAAUGCAACACAGGUUAUAUAUUUAAGAAAAAACAGAUGUUAAACAACGGUUUGCAUAGAACAGAUUUUUUACAAGCAGAAAAUUUUAAAUUGGUGCAAAAAAGAAAUACUGGAGGUCAUCCAAACCAUCAAGAUGCUUCUUUUAUCUGACUAAAGCUUAAUUUAUAGUGCUGCAUUAACCUGUAGAGACCCUGUAUCCUCUAUGGCAUAGCCUGGCAUCCACCUUGCUGCUGUGGAAACGCAGCCUGCAGUGGCAGUAAUACGCUCAAAACUGUAUAUUGAUUAUUACAAGGAUAAUGCCUCUGUGAACCAACGUGUAAUAGGCUCUAGUUGUAUUUAGUGUGCUCACAAUGCUAAUUCAUUACCCAGUGUUAAUGUAACACUGAAAAACAACUCCUUUUGACAGUUAAUAGAAUUGAAUAUUGGGGAAAUGACUCCAUUCAUGUUUAUUUUUUUAUAUUACAACUGUAAUUCCAACAAGGACAUUUUAAACAGUUGGUUUUUACACACCCAGUAGCUGCGGAGCCACAGCUGGGCAGGUGUUUCUGGCUCCUUUUUAUCUAUUUGCUCUCUAUUUACCUGUGUUUUCGCUUUCCACCACCUCCUCAGAGAAAUGUCUGGCUGUCAAGAUGCUAAAUGCUCCACUGUGAUCUCAUAGUGACUGGUUCUGAGAUCUAGUUUGAACCAACGCUGAUGAGAGCAGUAAGAUUAAGCAACGCUGGGUCUGAUUUACCACCAUAAUCGUGUGGUAUUUUUCUAUUUUCACAGCUCUGACAGUCUGAAGUUUUCUCUCUUUCCCGUUGUUCCGCAUUUAUUAGCUCCAAGUCCAACACAGCAGAGCAAUGCAGACACAACAGCGCACAGGUAUAAAUGUAAAGCCAGGCGACUCAUUAUGACAUGGGAGCCACUAAAGGGCCAUGAUAGGAAAGAGAAAUCACAUGAGGGUCCAGACAUUUUUAAUUUGUAGUUUUAAUUAAUGUAUCACUCAUAUAGCCUCUUCACUUUGUGGACAUAAAGCCGUCAACAUGUCAUGAGGCGUACGUUUGAUCAUGAUCUUUGAUCGUGUUGUUUCCCUGUACCAUAGGCGAGCCUUUCUGGAUGCGCAUAACAGUGAAUGAAGCAGCUCUAUUACUACGAGACCGAGCCCUUUCUUGCUUUCCUCGUCGGCUAGCUUGUUAGCUUGCAGGUGCUGUGGAUGUCUGCCUGUCUAUGUCAUUUUGAUGGGACGCUUGUUGCUGUGCAGACCACAAAGAACACUGGCCAGGCCGAACAUUAAGAACCUAUAUAAAUGUGUGGGCCAGAUUUAAAAUUUGAGGGACUUGAUUGUUUUUAGCAUAGGCUGAUUCACCACAGGACUAUAAAUUAAGCUUCCUCCACAAACUGUAGAAAAAGAAAGCUUUCCAUCACUCAGCACCAAGAAAAGUUGUCAAUUCUGAGCAGAUUUCUCUGUUAUGUUUGGAAAAUCCAUUUAAUUACUGAUAAAAACAGUUUCAGAUUAACUUCCUGGUACUCAAAUGAUCUUUAAAUCUACCAACUUCUUAUUUUUUGCUUUAAAAGAAAUGCUGUUCAAUCAGAUUUUGAAUCAAUACAGCAUAGUUUUACGAUUUAAAUUUAAUAUUUAAAAAAAAAAGUUUCUUUUUCAAAUUUGCUGUUGCAGUUAGGCUGUGCUGAGGUGAAUGGUCUGUCCUGUCUUUGUUUCUGUGUUACAAUGUGCUGCUCUUCGUUUUUGUACUAAAGGGUCUCAGAUCAAAGCCUGUACAUACAGAACACGUCAAACACGACUUUAUUAACAAUAACCCAGUCGAGCAAAGACAGCCGGCAAGAGAUUCCAGAGACAGUUUUCAGUAUUGCAGCUUUUGCAAGCAUGCCCUUUGAGCACUAAACUUCGAAGGCCUUUUUUUACAUCGGUGGAAUGUACUGAUAGACAUUGUCCACCUCAUAGGUUGUGAUAAAGGCGGAUUGUGUGUGUUGUGACAUAGUUUCAAGAGUAAGAGUGUGCAGGGGUAUCAAAUAUCGACAUUGUGCUGUGUGGAACUCGGAAGCAUGCUUUUUAUCCAUGCCUAUGAAAUGCGUCACAUCUUUGGUCCUAUUUAAAUGUGCUUGUAUUUAUUUUUUAUAAGUGAAUAGAUCGACCUUU